AUGGCAGCAGAGGUCACUUCGGGUGACACGAUGGAGGAACCGGUGGAAAAGUGCAGCUGCUCGUCGCAGCAGGCGGACACCCUUGCCCAGCUGAGUAUCCUUGAACAGGCCAACGAAACCCUACAAAAAAAGCUCGACGGGUACGUGCGGGACAACGAGAAUCUGGUUAUUAAGUACGCGUUCGUCGAAAAGAAGGUACUCGACCUGAAGGCAGUGGUCGAGGAGAAGGAAUCAAAGAUCAAAAAGCUCGACCAUGAAGCCAGCGGUCUGCAGCGCCAGAUUGGCACGCUCAAAGCGGAAAAGGCUAAGCUGCAGAAAAACAUCGAAUCGAAGCAUCGGGAUGUUAUACGCCUUGGCAAGGACCUCGAGGGGAGUCGGCAAUACGCGGGUCAGGUUGAGAUUCGGCACAGUAACGUCACCUGCCGGCUGCGCCAGGAAAUGACGAAUCGAACGCACCUCGAGACGGAAGUGGCUAAUUUGCGUCAACAGUUAUUGCAGCACGUUAUCGCGGAGGAGACGCACCAAGCGAGCGAGCAGGUGGCGGAGAUGGAGCGAAAGGUGAUGGAACUGCAGGCCCGGGAAAUCAUGCUGAAGCACGCGAACGAUGAGCAGACGACUAGAAUUGGAGCCUUACAACGGGCAAAUGCUGAACAGCGAGAUGCAGCCGACCGACAGGAGAAAAAGUACCAAACAGCAAUCCAGGCGUUGAAGGAUGGUGAAGUGACAAACGGACAGCUAAGCCAACAAAUAAACCAAUUGCGGGAGGACUUCCAACGGCAGGUGGAUCGGAUCCGCGAGUUAGAGCAGCAAGUUGAAACAGCCGCUCAAGCCGCGCAGGAGUCAGUUCGGAUGGAACGGCUUGUGGCCGAUCAGCAGGUCGAACUGGAGCAGAUUGGUGCCACACUUGACGAACACCGAAAAGAGCUAGAGGGACUGAAAGCACGUGAGCUCGAACUUCUGGCCCUGAACAAGGACCUCAGCGGUGUCAACUGCCUGUUGCAGCAGGAGAUCGCUUCCCAAGAAGCGAAGACUAUCGCGAUAACGCUCGAGUACGGCAAAUUUGUCACCGUUUGUCAGGAAUACGAUACACAAAUCGCCAGCCUGGCCGGAUCACUUGCUGUUGAACGUCAGAAUCGAGCAGAGGAGCGUCUACUAAUGGCGAAACAUAUCGCUGAUCGAACAAGGAAGCUAGAACAAGCCGAGGGUUCCCUACAGCAGACGCUGAAUGAAUUGGAGGCCAAUCGGAAGAAGUACUUUGCGCUCGCGAAGGACUUUAAGCGCGAAAUGAAAAACGUUCGCCAUGUUGUGGACGCUAAUAUUGGACAGCAGCAGUAAAGAAAAGAAAUGCUAUUUUUGCCUUCGGGAAUGUAUUUAUUUAUUUAAAUGAGAAGUUAAUACAACGUGAGUACACGUAUCAGAUCUCUGAGCUUCCGAGGGCGAUAUUGCGAAGCAAACAA